GUAAUGAUGAAAACAGUGAUGAAGAUAGUGAUUAUAAUGAAAAUGAAAGUGAAUUAGAAGAUAAUGAUGAAAUUGAAUUAGAAGAUAGCGAUGAAAGUGAAUUAGAGGAUAAUUAUUAUAAAGAGAAUGAAGAACAAAAUGUAAUUCAAGAUUAG